AUGCCGAAAGCCAAACCAGGAUUCUACGCCGUCCGCGUCGGGCGUCGGGAGGAGUGCGAGAGCCAAGUGAAGGGGUUCUCCAGCAAGAAGUUCAAGAAAUUCAACACCGCUGCGGAGGCAGAGGAGUUUGUCAAAGGCAGUCCAGCCACGGGGCAGGUUUCAGCUGCCCGUCCCGGGGAGGCAUCGUAUGGAAGAUAG